AUGAAACAGGCAUUGAAGGAAGAAUUCAAGAGGGAGGAAGGAAUACAAAAAUUGGGCGAAAAGGAGACGACAUAUAUGGAAGCUUCAGUAUCACCAUCAGCUGGCACUGGGCUGCCUGGUCUUGGUCUAUCGAUGACACCCUUCUCUAUACCUGAAUCUUCAGUGUCGAUGAAGUCAACUGUAUCUGCAAAUGAAACAGGCGUUGGAAGGAAGGAUUCAAGAGAGAAGAAAGAAUACAAAAAAUUGGAAAAGGAGAAACUUGACAUAUAUGGAAGCUUCAGUAUCACCAUCAGCUGGCACUGGGCUGCCUGGUCUUGGUCUAUCGAUGACACCCUUCUCUAUACCUGA